AUGGCUCCAGAGAUGCCUCAUCAAAUGCGAAGUCCCCCGCCGAAUACCCCGGAGGAAUCACCGGGGCCUGUUGUUAUAUCAACAAUGAAGACGGGCUCAUCGCAACUACCGCGCGGAGUUACACAUCCAGUACGUCUAGAUCAGGGUGCUUCAGGUCAGGAACUACCAAUUACGAUGAGUAAAGCCUACAACUAUCUUGACUUGGUCAAGGCCCAAUUCAUCGAUCGGCCGGAUAUCUAUAAUACUUUUCUCCGUAUCCUAGCGGAUUAUAAGAAUCAAGUAACUGACAUUCCUAGCGCCGUCAGCCGUGUAUCCAAAUUAUUUAUUGGGUAUCCCAACAUUAUACAAGGAUUUAAUACAUUCUUGGCUCCCAUAUAUCGAAUUAAAUGCGACUCUAGUAAUAACCCUAAUGCUACUGGUUAUCCUGCUAUAAGAAACGAAUUCACCAUCUCGCACAUCAAUCCGCCUAAAAUGCCAGCUACCCCGCUAAACACGCCGACAGAAUCAUCGGAGCCUAUUACCCCAUUAGCAACACAUAAGAUCAACACGCCAACCAGCAUGCUGUCAGAGCAAUUGGACACAGGGACGAAGACGGGAUACCAAAUUAAAUACGGCGCUGGCAAUAAUAUAAACACCACCUGCGCCACUGCCACUGACCGUCCUGCGUAUAACGCAUUAACGCCGACACAAGCUGCACAAGGGUCAGAUGCUGCAAAAGAUGCCGAGUCAUCCGACUUAUCAACGAUGAUGGAUCCGGGGAAUACGAGCCUACCGCUCCCUCAAAUGCUCGCCAUAUUGGUACAACCGCCAGAACUCACUCGGCAGGAAAUAGAACUGUUUCCUCCCAUGAUGGUAUUGCAGCCUGGGGACAUGCCAAACUUCUGGGCUACCGCGACGCUGCGCAGCAAUGGCGUAGAUAUCACAGACCAGCUCGGGGGAGAACGCAUUCAGUCUUCUAUUGACGGAACCUUUCGUUUUCCUGGGUUGACAAUCCAUGAACAAGGAGUGUAUUGUGUCAGGAUAUACCUAUAUCGAAUAGAUUACGACUCUUGUCUGCCAGGUGUGACCCAGGUCGGGUAUGUGGAUAGCAAUCCUAUCAUUGUAGGAUCUCGACCUGAUGGCAUGGCAAUCCGUCGAUCUACAGCUGCUCAAGACACUCUAUGGACGACCACACCGGCUACUUUCCGAAUCUGA